GCGGCAGAGGAGGAGGGAGUAGAGGGGAGAAGGGUCUGUGCCGGUGUCCUUAGUUAACGCCGUGGAUUUGUGUUGAUGGCGAACGGCCAGUAGAUACGCCACGGGACAAUCAAAGUUUGGGAUAAGUAACGGCCUAUGCCGCUUAGGGGAAGGGUAUAAAUUGGCACAGUCCUAAACUUUCUUUAGCCGUUCCAGCCUUUUACGUUAAAUGUAUCCUGUUAUCAGCGUAGAGUGCAAUGUUUGGAGUUAAAUGGUUAAUUUCAGCUCUUCUCUCAAAUAUGUGAAAAUGUGAUGGCAGUCAGGUUUUCUGGCACGGCUGCUCUUGCGAGCGCCGGUUAUAAGAAUUGUGCCUUGUUGUGCUCCCACCCCCCCGCUCCGUGCCGCACUGGUUCCGUCUGGCUCGCCCUCAGCUGCUGCGUGUCCUGGGAUGACCUGUUGAUGUCGGUGGAAUGGAGAAUGGCAGGGGGAGCGAUUUCCCCCAUCACCAAAAUAUUUAAAUAAGCAACAUUUGGGCUUGACAACCGGCGUCGCAGCACAGCUACCUCGUCCGCAAGGCAACCCUUUGGUGGUGUGCGUAGGCGCACCAUGGCCCAGACCCUCCAGAUGGCGAUCCCAAACUUUGGCAACAAUGUUUUAGAGUGUCUGAAUGAGCAGCGGCUGCAGGGCCUUUACUGCGAUGUCUCUGUGGUGGUCAAGGGCCAUGCCUUCAAGGCCCAUCGAGCUGUGCUGGCUGCUAGCAGUUCUUAUUUCCGGGACCUUUUCAGCAGCAGCAAUAGUGGAGGAGGUAGCAGCAAUGAGACAAGCCCAAACAUAGUGGAGCUCCCGUCGGCUGUGCAGCCCCAGAGCUUCCAGCAGAUUUUGUCUUUCUGCUACACAGGCCGUCUCAGCAUGACAGUGGGGGACCAGUUUCUCCUAAUGUAUACUGCAGGCUUCCUGCAGAUCCAACAGAUCAUGGAAAAAGGCACUGAGUUCUUCCUAAAGGUCUCCUCCCCCAGCUGCGACUCCCAGGGCCUGCACGCUGAGGAGGCCCCACCUUCUGAGCCCCCACCUUCUGAGCCCCAGAGCCCUGUGACGCAGACCAGUAACAGCGCAGGCCGGCCUGCCUCUUGCUUGACGCCGCUCCCUCUGGUAUCACGAGUGAAGACAGAGCAGCCCGCUAGCCAGCCGGAAGCAGCCACCCCGUACUCAGUGGUCUGCACUCCUGUAGCCAAGCGGCUGUGGGAGGGUGGCAGCAGCCGAGAUGGAGGCGGGGUAGGCUCAGGGGGAGGUGGUGGGGCCAGGAAGGCAGCCCGUUAUUCCCAGGAGGUGGUGCGCGGCAGUGCCAUUCAGAGCCCCGGGGCCCUUGGACUGGCCAUGGGUAUGGGUUCCAACGUAACCAGCCUGGCGGGCAUGGUGGCCAGUGGCGGGCUUAGUGGCAGUGCCGGCACCAACGGGAGCUCUGCAGCAGGCCUCGGCAUGUCAGAGGGUGCCAGCCCCGGCACCCUGAGCACCUACGCCAGUGACUCACCCAUCAGCUACCAUGAUGAUGAAGAAGAGGAAGAGGGGACAGAUGAAUGUGCUGAAGAGCAGUAUAGGCAAAUCUGCAACAUGUAUACUAUGUACAGCAUGCUCAACAUGGGAGCUGCAGCAGCUGGUGAACGUGUUGAGGCUCUACCAGACCACACAGAGACACGGGGUCGGAUGCGAGGCAGAGACCUUACAUGUCUCCCCGCAGAACUCAUCGCUCAGAUAGGCAACCGCUGUCAUCCCAAACUGUACGAGGAAGGAGACCCUGCUGAGAAACUAGAGUUAGUCUCAGGUACUUCUGUAUAUAUAUCGCGAGCCCAGCUAAUGAACUGUCAUGUGAGCGCAGGGACCAGACACAAGGUGCUGCUUAGGAGGCUGCUGGCUGCCUUCUUUGACAGGAAUACUCUGGCCAACAGUUGUGGAACAGGCAUCCGCUCGUCCACCAAUGACCCGAGCCGCAAGCCCCUGGACAACAGAGUUCUGCAUGCGGUCAAAUUUUAUUGCCAGAACUUUGCCACUAGCUUCAAAGAGAGCGAGAUGAAUGCCAUCGCUGCUGACAUGUGCACCAACGCCCGACGUGUGGUCCGUAAGAGCUGGAUCCCCAAGCUGAAGCUACUGAUGGCUGAGAGCGACGCCUACAGCGCUUACCUUCCCGACGGCGUCAAAAUGGAAGACGACACCCUGGGGGCGGACCCAGCUUUCGACUCUGCCUCCGUGGAGGCCGCCGGCGGUGCCGGCAUGGAGUCAGGCGGCUCUUCAGGUGAAUCGCUACCAGGUGUGGGCGGGGACGGAGGACCGUUAUUUUGAACAUUGUGUCCGGGGAAAGUUGAAAUUUGGUGACACACAUACAAGUAUUCCCCAGUUCUGCUUGCCUCCUCACUCUUAGGCCCACGCUGAUCUCUCACAUCUGACUGUCUAUACUACACUGCUAGGGUCAACAGUUGUUACCCUGAUGUAACCAGGACAUGAAAAAUUUAAUUUUUGCUUUAUGACUGUACAAUGGAGUUAGUUGAGGAAAGGGAGAGAGUGAGAGGGUUUUCUCUCUGCCUCCCCUUGUCUUUUUUAGGUGUGUAAGCGCAUCCACUGUUGCAUAUUACGUACAUUCCCUGAAAUGUAGGUGGUGGGGGGAGUUGGAAGGGAUGGCUGGAUAGACAGGCUAGGAGUAGAGGUGGCGAGUAUAUUGAAUGUAAGUGUCAGUGGCAGUUUUCUUUAUGCAACCCUAACAACUUGUAUUCCAGCCUAGGAAAAAGGAACUAAAUUUUAAAGUAGAUACAAUAAUAAACAUUAACACUACCUUCCUACUUCCUCUCCUUUCAUCUUCCACUCAUCACCCUGCGAGUAUUCUUCACCACAUCACCUCUCUCGAGACCAGAGAAUCUCACACAGAGAGUGUUUCACUGUGCAGUGUCUUAUAGAAAUGUAUCUCAUCUUUCUCGGUUUUCUAAAUGUUUAGCAUGUUUCUCUUGUCUAUGAACUGAAAAAAGUGAUCCAGAGAGAAGGGGAAAGCUUUUUACUGAGAUGAUUGUAAAGAAAAUUUAAAGGGCAACAGGUAAUCAAAGAUGGUCAUAUUUUUAGAAGACAAACUAUAUUUAUACAAGUGCCCAUGCCUAGAACGGUGUGAGCAAAGAGAGUGAAAGGGGUUGUUUUAAAAUCUCUAAGAUCUUCGUGUUUUAUUGAAAGAGGUCUUGUCAAAUAAGGAAAAGUGCUAUUUUUGCAUAAAAAAAGAAGUAUAAUAAAGCAGUAUAAUCAUAAGUCCCAUAGUCAUUUAUUUUUAUCUUUAUUUGACAGUGCAGAGUGAUGGAAUGAGCAGUUGAACUGCUAAAUUUGAAGCAUUUCAUCCUCAGCUUAGCUUAAAAUGAAUAGUGAGACUGAUUCAGCUGGCUUGACUGUUGUCUAUGAUAACCAUUUCUUGUUAGGUUGUGAACCCCCAACGUUUGCAUCCUUCGACAAAACAUUUGCCCACAACUUUGAAAUUACUUGUAGAAAUAUAAAGGUUAUUGAUCUGACAGCUCAGCUAAGUUUCUUCUUUGUACUGAAAUUAUUGACAAGAAAAAAAACUGCUGUCAAAUAAUAAUAAUUAUGGAAUAUUGGAACGUGCCUUUUUAUUUGAAAUCAAUGAGCAGAAGCUUGGUGGGUACAGUGAUGUCAUGAGGAGGCAAUACUGCUUGAAAAGCAAAAUAGGCUUUAUGGUACUAUCCAUGUGUGGGAAACAGUUCUUUGGUAAAGGAGAGCCUGUAUUUCGUGGCUGUGUCUUUUAAGUAUGUAGUUUAUUCAUGUAUCUAAUGCACCACCUCAAAAUGGCUGACCGUUUUAUUUUAGAGUUUAACAUGAUUUUGUAUCUUCCUUGAGAGUGGAGGUUUCUGCACCUUAUUGAGAAAAACCACAGGUUCAUGCACCUUUUGAGAAAUGUAGCAAUUGAACCCCGUUAGGUUGAAUCUGUCUUCUUUUUUUUCCCCCAUGUCUGCAUGUUUCUUGUUUAGAAGUGGCACAAAUCCCUACUGUAAAUAAUCAAGACGACUGUUGAGUUAAAUCCCAAGUGUUCUUCCUUUUUGUUGCUGGAUGCGUCUGAUUAUAAAAUGUCAAUAACUGACCUCUUUUUUACGUGAAAGUUUGUGUUUGCCAGAAGCUUUUUGAAUGACCUGUAAGAGGUCACCACAGGGCCUUCGUUGUUCCUGUUUCAGAUGGAUAUAAGUGAAAAUGGGGUGUGACGUAGGAAUGUGUUCUUAACCUGAAAUGCUCUCACGGACGACUGAUUGCUUUCUCCUUCUGGAGGGGCUUUCUAAAGACGUUCUAUUUUUCUGAAGACAGGUACAGAGUAAAAACCGGGAAGGAAUCGGUGCUUCUUAUUCAAGGCAGUUGAGUCAAUCUUAUUGAGAAAAAACAACCGCUAGAAACAUGAUAGAUGAAGCUCAGCCUAAUUUCACUGUUGAUUAAAGGAUGAGUUUACUGAAACGUUUGACCUGAUGAUUUACAGACAGCAAAAGUGCAGUACCUUAUAAGUAUUCUGUAAAGGGUAAUGACAACAAUACCUCAAUAAGCUCUGCAUUUGACUGUAGAUGCCACAUGAUCACCCCCUCCCCCACAAACGUACCUCUCCGGUAUCUUUGAAGACUGCUGUGCUUCCUGUCCUUCAUGCAGCUGGUGUCAUGUUUCACUUCCACAAGUUUAUUCAUGUGUUUCAGAGAAAGGCAAAGCAGUGGUUUUAGUUGGUUAACUCCGAAUUAUAAUAUGUACGUUUCCUUUUCUCAGUGAUUUUUAACUGUUAACUGUUUAUUUAAGUUUACAGUUGACAUCUUCAUGUUUUCCCCAAUGUUUUUUUUUUUUUUAUAAUUAUGACACUACUUAAAUUAGUAUAUUUAAGUUAACAUAAUACCUGAAAUAGUUUGCUGGGACAUCAAAUUAUGUUAUACAGAAAAACCUGUCAUUUCAGAUUUUUCAAUAUAUUCAUUUCAAGGUUUUUCAAAAUAAAUCCACUAUAAUUCAAGAUUCUUAGAUAAUUAAUUUGUGUACAGAAUUAAAGGAGAGACUAAUCACUAGGACCUCUGAAUUUAAUUGAGGGAGUUUUUGGGACAUUCUGUCUUCUUACUAUCUUCUUUAGCCUAAUGGCUACUACAUCUGUGGAUGUCCCUGCAUAAAGAAAUAAAAUCAGAUAUGACAAUAGCCAAUUACUGUUUCAUUCAGUUUCCUAAUUGAUUGUGUCCUUCACAGAGGUAGUAUAUUAGUGAAAUCAGAGGGUAACUAUGGUUAUGGUACUUUUCAGGGUUUUUUUUACCUAUAGUCAUUGUUAAGUUCUUUGUCCAAAAAGUCCCUCGCUCACUACCUACUUGCAUACUGCUUUAUCUGCAAUAGAUGUGUGAGUGUGGUUGUUUCACUUUAUGUGCAUUUGAGAAUAGAGAGAUUCCAUGCUUCUUUUUUCAGUACGUUCUAAGCAUAUUGUAAUUUCUGUACCUUUUCAACGUGUUUACACUUCACAAAACAUGUCGACCUACACACUUGAAUGGAUAAGGUGUUGCACGGCAUGGGGAACCUUUUGUCACUAAACAGUACAUAUAUAAAUAUGAUUAUACACAUGUAUAGAUAAAUACUGUAUAUUAUAUAUAGACGCACACAUAGAGGUCAGAUUGUUUGUUGUGCACUCGCAGCAUGAGGUAUAUAUUUACCCAGAAACGGCGCUUCUUCACCACCUGUGCAGUAAUAGGUCUGCCCAUGUCUUUGCCCCUGCUCCUUGCCCUCUGUAACCCUGUAGCACCAGUGUACAUUCUGUAAAGCUCAUCCUAUUUCUUUCUGUGUUCCAAGUGCCAAUAACUUUGUGAAAGCCCUGUAACUGUGACCCAACAUUAUCAAAAGGUAAUUGCACAUUAACAACUGUAAAAUAAAUAAAUACAAAUCAUAGAGAAAAUGUCAAAAUGGAUUAAAUAAUGAAUAUCUUAAUAAAAGAUUUGUAACAAUUUC